CAGAGUCAAAUAUUUUCUGCACCGAAGCUUCGAAAAGAGCUCAUCAAAUGGGUUGAUACACAGAGAUAUAUCUAUAACAUUUACGAGAAGAAUGGAGUAUUCUUCUCUGUUUCUUCAAUCUCCAUCUUCUUCUUCUUCUCUCUUCAUUACAAAGUCUACGCGUCUUCCCUCUCCGAAAUCCAAAUUCUUCUCCGCUUCAUUCUCCAUCAAAUCCUCCAUAGAGAAACCGAAACCAAAACCCAAAUCCGAGACCAACCCAUCGAAAUCUCAGUCAUGGGUCAGCCCCGAUUGGCUCACAUCACUCACUCGCACCCUUUCCUCAGGACAAAACGACGAUUCGGGAAUACCAAUCGCGAGCGCGAAGCUCGAAGACGUCUCGGAACUUCUCGGUGGAGCUCUCUUCUUACCACUAUACAAAUGGAUGAACGAGUACGGACCCAUUUAUCGUCUCGCUGCUGGUCCUCGGAAUUUCGUGGUAGUGAGUGACCCAGCGAUUGCGAAACACGUUCUGAGAAACUAUCCAAAGUACGCUAAAGGGCUAGUCGCUGAAGUCUCCGAGUUCCUUUUCGGUUCGGGUUUUGCAAUCGCCGAAGGACCUCUUUGGACGGCGAGACGAAGAGCGGUGGUACCGUCUCUUCACAAGAGGUAUUUGUCUGUGAUUGUGGAGAGAGUAUUCUGCAAAUGUGCAGAGAGGCUUGUUGAGAAGCUGCAGCCUUAUGCACAGGAAGGAAGAGCUGUGAAUAUGGAAGAGAAGUUCUCUCAGUUAACUCUCGACGUUAUUGGCUUGUCGCUGUUCAACUACAAUUUCGAUUCACUGACUACCGAUAGUCCCGUCAUUGAAGCUGUUUACACUGCUCUCAAAGAAGCUGAGCUUCGUUCUACUGAUCUUCUACCAUACUGGAAGAUUGAUGCAUUGUGUAAGAUAAUCCCGAGACAGGUGAAAGCUGAAAAGGCUGUAACUUUGAUAAGAGAAACCGUUGAAGACCUCAUUGGCAAGUGCAAAGAAAUUGUCGAGAGAGAAGGCGAAAGAAUCGAUGACGAGGAGUAUGUAAAUGAUGCUGAUCCAAGUAUCCUGCGGUUCUUGCUCGCAAGCAGAGAAGAGGUGUCAAGUGUGCAGUUACGAGAUGAUCUUCUCUCAAUGCUUGUCGCGGGUCAUGAAACCACUGGAUCAGUCCUCACUUGGACACUUUAUCUCCUAAGUAAGAACUCAUCCGCAUUGGCGAAAGCACAAGAAGAAGUAGACAGAGUUUUAGCAGGAAGAAACCCUGCUUAUGAAGACAUAAAGGAAUUGAAGUACAUCACUCGCUGUAUAAACGAGUCGAUGCGUCUCUACCCUCAUCCUCCUGUUUUGAUUAGAAGAGCUCAAGUUCCCGACAUUCUUCCCGGGAACUACAAGGUCAAUCCCGGACAAGACAUUAUGAUUUCGGUCUAUAACGUCCAUCGUUCAUCUGCGGUAUGGGAAAAAGCUGAGGAGUUUCUGCCUGAACGAUUCGAGUUAGAAGGACCGAUUCCUAACGAAACAAACACCGAUUUCAAAUUCAUACCGUUCAGUGGAGGCCCUAGGAAAUGUGUAGGCGAUCAGUUUGCAAUGAUGGAGGCAAUUGUGGCACUCGCGGUCUUUCUCCAGCGCUUAAACGUUGAGCUCGUCCCUGAUCAGACCAUUAGCAUGACCACUGGAGCAACCAUUCACACCACCAAUGGAUUGUAUAUGAAGGUGAGCCAAAGGGCCUGAACGUUGAAGAUGAAGUUCGAAUCUGUUUUCACCUGUCUUUAUGAUUAUUGAUUUUUUUUUUUUGUUACCAUCAUGAUUGAUUGGUGUUGAUGGACGUGUUACACAAUUGGCUGGUUACAAUCUAUGUAUUAAAGCACUAUUGUUAAAUCAUAAAUUGAAGAGCUGGAAGAGAAAUGAUGAGUUUAUGGUGUGUGUAACCCUUGGUUAAAUACUGUAAUGGUGUUACCUAAUUUUUCAUAU